AGAUAGGUAAAAGGCNAAAUUCAGUCGAAAUAAGAAAACUCUUCCUUCCGCUCGCUUCUACGACGCCACUACUCUGUCGAGCUGACUCAUCUCUUUUUCAGUAUUUCUAAUUGAUCGAAAAAUGAAGCGGGAUAGAGAUUUCAUCGAGCUUUCCGAUGGCGAAUGGUCUCCUCACUCCGAUUCCUUCAAACCCUCCCGCGUCAUCAACCCCAAACUCACUCCUGAAAACCCUCCUCCCCCGAUCGAGUCCUUCGCCUACUCCAAAACCAAAGUGCACAUAAUCGAGAGCUCGUCUUCCGAAGAACUCGGAAACACGGCCGCCGGGAACGACUUGGAGGAUUUGGAGGACGAGGACGCCGACGUGGGGGUAAGCACGACGGGCGGGAGGGCUUCCCGAGGGAAGAGAUUUGUGAUCGAGGACGAUGAUGAGGAUGAUGAGAAGGAGGAGGGUGGUGGUGCCGGCCACGAGGGGGAUGAUUUGGAGGUUUGGUUGUCGGAGGAAGAAGAGUUAGAAGAGGAGGAAGAUGUCGUUAAGAAGGCUCUGCUCAAGUGUGAAAAGAUUUCGGCUGAGUUGAAGCGCGAGUUGUACGGUACAAGCACGGCUGCCUGUGAGCGGUACUCAGAGGUGGAGUUGAGUUCUUCUGCAGUGAGGAUAGUUACUCAGGAUGAUGUAAAUGAUGCAUGUGGAGCUGGGGAUUCAGAGCCAAUGCUCAAGCCAUACCAGCUCAUUGGAGUCAACUUUCUUCUCCUUUUGUAUAGAAAGAAAAUUGGUGGAGCUAUUUUGGCCGACGAGAUGGGUCUUGGUAAGACCGUCCAGGCCAUAACUUAUCUGAUUCUGUUGAAGCAUUUGGAAGAUGACCCUGGUCCUCAUUUAAUUGUGUGUCCUGCUUCUGUUUUGGAAAAUUGGGAAAGGGAGCUUAAGAAAUGGUGUCCAACUUUAUCUGUGCUCCAAUAUCAUGGUUCUGCACGUUCAGCUUACUCAAAGGAGUUAAGCUCUCUGGGAAAGGCUGGGCUGCCUCCACCAUUUGAUGUUAUUCUUGUGUGCUAUUCAUUAUUUGAACGCCACAGUGUGCAACAGAAAGAUGACCGCAAAAUUCUUAGACAUUGGAAAUGGAGUUGCGUAAUAAUGGAUGAAGCUCAUGCUUUGAAAGACAAGAGCAGUUACAGGUGGAAGAAUUUGAUGUCUAUAGCUAAACAUGCAAGACAGCGUCUGAUGCUUACAGGCACACCAUUACAGAAUGAUUUACAUGAACUGUGGUCGAUGUUGGAGUUCAUGAUGCCUGAUAUUUUUGAAACUGGGGAUGUGGACUUGAAAAAGUUGUUAAAUGCAGAAGAUAGUGAUUUAGUUGGUAGAAUGAAGUCCAUUUUAGGACCAUUCAUCUUAAGACGGUUGAAAUCAGAUGUGAUGCAGCAACUUGUUCCAAAGAUGCAAAAGAUUGAGUAUGUUCGCAUGGGAAAAGAGCAACAAGAUGCUUAUAAAGAAGCGAUUGAGAAUUAUCGUGCUUCAUCACAAGCUCGUAUUAUGAAGUCUUCAGAAAAUUGUCUAAAUGAUGUGGCUAGAAUCUUGCCUCGACGUCAAAUUUCAAAUUAUUUUCUUGAAUUUCGAAAGAUAGCAAAUCAUCCUUUGUUGGUGAGACGUAUCUACUCAGAUGAUGAUGUUGUUCGUUUUGCUAAAAUGCUGCACCCAAAAGGUGUAUUUGGCUUCGAGUGUACUUUGGAACGCGUCAUUGAGGAGCUUAAGAGCUAUAAUGACUUCUCUAUUCAUCGGCUCUUACUUUACUAUGGUGAUACUGGUAUGAGAGGAAUUCUUUCAGAUGAACAUGUGAUGAUUUCAGCAAAGUGUCAGGUAUUGGCUGAGCUUCUUCCUAAGCUAAACCGUUGUGGGAGUCGUGUUCUAAUUUUUAGCCAAUGGACAUCUAUGCUUGACAUAUUGGAAUGGACUUUGGAUGUGAUUGGUGUGACCUACAGGCGUCUUGAUGGAGGAAGCGCAUCCCCUCUUCCUCUCCUCUCAGCCCUUCGGGCCACUGGCGUGGCCGUCACCGGGACCCCUUCCCAGCGGCUGGUUAAGACUGACGCUGCGGCUGCUGCCGGCCUAGGGCCUGUGGUUAUGAUAGUGUCUCCAUUAUUGAGGUGUUACAGUGUCCAUUAUUGGAGUUUGUCUUCUCUGUGGGAGUCUGUGUUGGCUGUGGCAGGGCAUGAUCAGAUAGACCACACUAGUGCUUAUUGUACACAGGUGACUGAGAGACAGACGAUUGUCGACUCCUUCAAUAAAGACACUUCAAUAUUUGCAUGUUUGUUGUCCACAAGGGCCGGGGGACAGGGAUUGAACUUGACUGGGGCGGAUACUGUUAUAAUUCAUGACAUGGAUUUUAAUCCCCAGAUCGACCGACAGGCUGAAGACCGCUGUCAUCGAAUUGGACAAACGAGGCCUGUCACAAUUUACAGGCUGGUGACAAAGGAUACGGUUGAUGAGAAUGUUUACGAGAUAGCCAAAAGGAAGCUAAAUUUGGAUGCUGCUGUGUUGAAGUCUGGAGUAGAAGUUGAGAAUGAUGGUGAGAUGCCUGACAAAACUAUGGCCGAGAUUUUAUCAUCAUUGUUGUUGCAUUAACCUUUUUGGGACAGCAAUAUAUUGCUGGUUAUAAAUUUAAAGUUCAGCUCUAGUGCUGUUUUAUUAGUUCAAAUACUAUUUUUGUUGAAUUUGUGACCGUUUAUGGAUUUUGGCAAAAUCGGUUUUGUGUUUAGAAAUAGUUGCUUUUCUGCCGAUGAUUUUUGAGGAAUUAUAACCUACUAAAUUCGGCCUAACCAUGCAUGCUACCUAAAUUUUGAAAUUAAG